AUGAUACCUCCAUCAUGGCUGCACCGUGCGGAGCCAGCCAUUAAGAGAGUUGGUCUUACCUGUCUUCAUCUCAUCAACUUCGGUUUUGCCUUUCACCUUUUCAAGGAGAAUGUCGGCGGUCCAUGCUUCUUGGCUGGUCCUUCCAUGCUUCCAACGCUUGACAACAGCGGCGAAAUGGCCAUCGAAAGCAUUCUCCCCCAUCGGUUGUUUCCUAGUCAACUUGGAAGAGGGGAGCUCGUAACCUUGAGGUCACCCGUUAAUCCCUCUCGCGUCAUCUGCAAGAGGGUAAUUGGCCUUCCGGGCGAUGUGGUUUGCGUCGACCCGACUGGGCUUAAAGCUCCUUCGACCGAGCAUGUUCUCGUCCCCAAGGGGCACAUUUGGGUUGCUGGUGACAAUGCCGCCUGGUCGACAGACUCACGCGAUUAUGGUCCUGUAUCCAUGGCCCUGGUAAGAGGCAGGAUCGCUGUCAGGGUAAGUGCACCAAAUUUUGUCGUGCAACAGACUCGAUGA